AUGUUCCUGACCCGUUCCGAAUACGACCGUGGUGUGAACACCUUUUCUCCCGAGGGCCGUCUUUUCCAGGUUGAGUAUGCUAUCGAGGCGAUUAAAUUUGGAUCUACUGCGAUUGGAAUUAGCACACCGGAAGGUGUUGUAAUGGCGGUGGAGAAACGGAUCACCUCAUCGCUGAUAGAACCAUCGAAGAUGGAAAAGAUAGUAGAAGUAGACCGUCACAUAGGUUGUGCCACCUCGGGAUUGAUGGCUGAUUCGCGGACGUUGCUGGAUCGUGCGCGUAUCGAGUGUCAAAACCAUUGGUUCGUGUACAACGAGCGGAUGUCGGUGGAAUCAUGUGCACAGGCAGUUUCGAACGUGGCCAUCCAGUUUGGCGAUGGUGACGAUACGGAUUCGGCCAUGAGUCGACCGUUCGGUGUAGCUAUACUGUUUGCCGGCAUUGAGAAUGGUGAACCGCAGCUGUGGCAUAUGGAUCCGUCCGGGACGUACAUACGAUUCGACGCUAAGGCAAUCGGUUCCGGUAGCGAAGGUGCACAACAGAAUUUGCAGGAAUACUAUUUGCCCACGAUGACCAUUAAGGAAGCGAUCAAUCUAGCUCUUAGCACACUGAAGCAAGUGAUGGAAGAGAAGCUAAACUCAACGAACGUUGAAGUUAUGACGAUGACGCCGAAGGAGCUGUUCCGAAUGUUUAGCAAGGAGGAAGUUGAAGAGUACAUCAGCAACAUGAGCUAA